AUUAUGUGGAGAGCUAAACCAUUCAUAGCCCGACAUGUAACCCAGCCACGUAAUUAGACCACUCGAUCACCGUUCGUAUUAAUGUGAUUAAAUCAACGAUUGAUAUCACGCCACGUCAUUGUUUUUCUUUUUUCCUUUGUAUCUUCUGUUCUAAGGGAAGAAAUAAUAACGAGAGAAGAACGUUUUAAUAAACAGAGAGCAGAGCACUUGUUCUAAAGAUCAAAGCUUAAGUGAGAAGCAGAAAAAAAAAUGGCGAAAUCUCAGAUCUGGUUUGGUUUUGCGUUACUCGCGUUGCUUCUGGUUUCAGCCGUAGCUGACGAUGUGGUUGUUUUGACUGACGAUAGCUUCGAAAAGGAAGUUGGUAAAGAUAAAGGAGCUCUCGUCGAGUUUUACGCUCCCUGGUGUGGUCACUGCAAGAAACUUGCUCCAGAGUAUGAAAAGCUAGGGGCAAGCUUCAAGAAGGCUAAGUCUGUGUUGAUUGCAAAGGUUGAUUGUGAUGAGCAAAAGAGUGUCUGUACUAAAUAUGGUGUUAGUGGAUACCCAACCAUUCAGUGGUUUCCUAAAGGAUCUCUUGAACCUCAAAAGUAUGAGGGUCCACGCAAUGCUGAAGCUUUGGCUGAAUACGUGAACAAGGAAGGAGGCACCAACGUAAAAUUAGCUGCAGUUCCACAAAACGUGGUUGUUUUGACACCUGACAAUUUCGAUGAGAUUGUUCUGGAUCAAAACAAAGAUGUCCUAGUCGAAUUUUAUGCACCAUGGUGUGGCCACUGCAAAUCACUCGCUCCCACAUACGAAAAGGUAGCCACAGUGUUUAAACAGGAAGAAGGUGUAGUCAUCGCCAAUUUGGAUGCUGAUGCACACAAAGCCCUUGGCGAGAAAUAUGGAGUGAGUGGAUUCCCAACAUUGAAAUUCUUCCCAAAGGACAACAAAGCUGGUCACGAUUAUGACGGUGGCAGGGAUUUAGAUGACUUUGUAAGCUUCAUCAACGAGAAAUCUGGGACCAGCAGGGACAGUAAAGGGCAGCUUACUUCAAAGGCUGGUAUAGUCGAAAGCUUAGAUGCUUUGGUAAAAGAGUUAGUUGCAGCUAGUGAAGAUGAGAAGAAGGCAGUGUUGUCUCGCAUAGAAGAGGAAGCAAGUACCCUUAAGGGCUCCACCACGAGGUAUGGAAAGCUUUACUUGAAACUCGCAAAGAGCUACAUAGAAAAAGGUUCAGACUAUGCUAGCAAAGAAACGGAGAGGCUUGGACGGGUGCUUGGGAAGUCGAUAAGUCCAGUGAAAGCUGAUGAACUCACUCUCAAGAGAAAUAUCCUAACCACGUUCGUUGCUUCUUCUUAAAAGUCAUAUAGCUUGAAGCUAAGAGAAUAGGAGUCGAGAGAGUUUAUAACUGAUACUGUUUUGAGAUUUUAUGUUUGUCAAGAUCAAGAACGUCUGUGGUUAUUUCUGGUUAGUUCUGAAACUCUUUUGAACCCAAGUUUAUCUGUCUCUGGUGAACAAGCGACCACGAUAAUCAUAAACUUCAUUCGCGUUAAAAAAAAAGGUUCAGUAAUGGGCCAGGCUCGUAUUCAUUAUUAAUGGGCUAGGCUCGUGUUCAUAAAAAGUCUGUAAUGGGUCAUUGAGGUAUACAAAGGACAUCCAAUAAAUAAAACAUUUGUCUCAUUUUUAAAAGU